CGAGGGCUGCGCGCGGGGCUGUAGCGGUAGCGGCGAUGAUGGCGGCGGCGGGUGGCGGUCGGGGCUGGUUUCGCGCUGUGGUGCUCGGCGUUUCUUUCCUCAAGCUGCUCCUCAUCCCCGCCUAUUAUUCCACAGAUUUUGAAGUCCACAGGAACUGGCUUGCCAUCACUCACCACCUCCCCCUCUCGCAGUGGUACUAUGAAGCAACUUCGGAGUGGACCUUGGAUUAUCCACCAUUUUUUGCUUGGUUUGAAUAUGGACUUUCGCACAUUGCGAAGUACUUUGACCCCAAGAUGUUGGUUAUUGAAAAUCUAAACUACACCAGUCGUGCAACCAUCUUCUUCCAAAGAUUUUCUGUCAUCUUUACAGAUAGCCUUUUCAUAUAUGCGGUUCGUGAGUGCUGCAGAUGUGUAAAUGGAAAACGAGCUGCAAAGGAUAUCCUGGAAAAACCAACGUUUAUUCUUGCAGUUCUGCUCUUGUGGAAUUUUGGGUUGUUAAUUGUGGAUCAUAUUCACUUUCAGUAUAAUGGCUUUCUAUUUGGGCUGAUGCUUCUUUCCGUUGCCCGACUAUGUCAGAAAAGAUACUUGGAGGGCGCACUUCUUUUUGCUAUUCUGCUGCAUUUCAAACACAUUUACAUCUACGUGGCUCCAGCAUAUGGUGUUUAUUUAUUACGAUCCUAUUGUUUUACUGCAAAUAAUGCAGAUGGGUCCCUGAAGUGGAGAAGUUUCAGCUUACUUCAUGUAACUCUUCUGGGAUUGAUUGUCUGCCUUGUUUCUGCUCUUUCAUUGGGCCCCUUCAUAGUAUUGGGACAGCUGCCUCAAGUCAUUUCAAGGCUUUUUCCUUUCAAGCGAGGCCUCUGCCAUGCUUAUUGGGCCCCGAACUUUUGGGCUCUGUACAAUGCCAUGGAUAAAGCACUAACAAUUUUUGGUUUGAAGUGUAAUUUUCUUGAUCCCACAAAAAUUCCUAAAGCCUCGAUGACAGGAGGGCUGGUUCAGGAGUUUCAGCACACUGUCCUCCCUUCUGUGACUCCACUGGCAACAUUAAUCUGUACUUUCAUAUCUAUAUUGCCCUCUGUUUUCUGUCUUUGGUUUAAACCUCAAGGGCCCAGAGGCUUUCUUCAGUGCCUUGUUCUUUGUGCGUUGAGCUCCUUUAUGUUUGGAUGGCACGUGCACGAAAAAGCAAUACUCCUUGCUAUUCUGCCUCUAAGCUUGUUGUCUGUUCAGAGGGUGAAGGAUGCUGGCAUCUACUUGAUUCUGACGACCACGGGGCAUUUCUCACUUUUUCCAUUGCUGUUCACAGCACCAGAACUUCCAAUUAAAAUACUGCUCAUGCUGCUGUUCACUGUUUAUAGCUUCUCUUCAUUGAAAUCUCUAUUCAGAAGAGAGAGGCCUCUCCUUAGCUGGCUUGAAACAAUCUACCUCGUCCAACUAGUGCUUUUGGAAAUCUUCUGUGAAAUCCUAUUUCCUCUGACUCCCUGGAAAAGGCACUUUCCCUUUGUCCCCCUGCUGUUGACCUCUGUGUACUGCGCUCUGGGCAUCACAUAUGCCUGGCUGAAGCUUUACAUCUCUGUCUUGACCGAAAGAAUUCCUGUUAGACCAAAGGCUGAGUAAAGCCCUGGGACCAGUCCCAGGUUUGAGGUGAUCAUCCGGCGCGGUGAGUGGUUGUCACUAGGACAUAUGACUCUGGGUAAAUACCUAGUGUACACAUGCCAUUGCUACAAGGGAAUUUUUGUUCCAGCAAUUCUAUACUGAUCAGAAGUGCUCCUCACAAUAACAUGAGGCACAGUGAGAUGCCACUUGCCAUAGAUAAACUGUGAAGCUUAACAAGGUUCAGACUUCUGUCCCGAGGAAAACCUGCCCAUCUUUCCCAUUAUUUGUUCUUAUUGGAAUAAAAAACACUGUGGCAAACUACAAGGGAUCAUUGCUCCAUAGAAGAACAUGUUUGUAACAGCAUUCUGUGGAAUACGUAAAUUAAAAACUUGAUUUUUUUGUUUGGUCAUGUCUUGUGGGUUUUUAUCUCAUACAUAAGCCCUGCUCUUUGAGGGACACCUGCACAAGUGAGGAGGUCGUAUCUAGCUGGAAACUUCCCCUGGGAUGCUCUGU